CUGAUCUUUUAACUCCUGUGUGUAUAUAUACCAACAUAGACAUAGUCUCUGAAAAUUCUCUCUUUAAGCCUCGCAAGCUAUUCCCUUGCAAAUCCCAUGAUAACUAACCUUUCUUGAACAAGGGUUGAGUUUUUCUCGUUUGGUUCUCGUUGGUUAAGGUUCUUCAAUGGAGAUGGAGUCAGUUCAGCUGAAUCAGGAUGCCGAUUCCCUUGAGAACACAUCUUCUGAGCCAUUGUUUUCUCCAGGCUCUCCUGAUAUAAAAGGUGUGAGUGGAGAACCAGAGCUGAGAACCCGGCUUGGUGAUAAGUACCAGGCAGAAAUCCCUUCCAUGAAAUCAGGAUCUGAUUUUCUUGAGCCUUUUAUUAACUUCACUGAUGCAGAAGUCAUAAGUGAUGCUUCUAAUUCCUUUCUAAUUGGUUUGCCAAUCCCAAUCAUGUGGGUCCAUGAUGAAGUGAGAAACAGCAAGGAUGAAGAUUUGGGAUUUCCCUGUAAGAUUGAUAAUGUGGUUACUGACAACGUAUCAACAGAAUCUAGAAAAAAGAGAAAGUGUCAUUCUAGCUUAAACCAUAAGAGUUCCAAACUCAAGUUGGAACCACUGGACAGUGUUUCACUAAAUGAAAAACGAAAAAAAGGGGCAAAUCUUGGAUCUAAGGUGGCCGGGAGGACUAACGUGGACCAGCCAUUUAAAAGCAAAACAAAACUCCUACUUCCUGGUUCAUCAGGUGACCCUUGGAAGGAUGCUGAAGUAGAUAGUUUUCUUCUUGGUUUAUAUAUAUUUGGAAAAAACUUUUUUCUGGUGAAGAGAUUCAUAGAGAACAAGGAGAUGGGAGACAUAUUGUCCUACUAUUAUGGGGAGUUCUAUAGGUCAGAAAAAUACCAGCGAUGGUCUGAUUGUCGGAAGACAAAAUGUAAGAAAUAUAUACGUGGACGGAGGAUUUUCACUGGUUGGAGGCUAAAGCAAUUUUUAGCUCGUUUGCAUCCCCAUGUCCCUCAGGAGUUUCAAAGUGCUUUGCCAGAGGUCUCUAUGUCAUUUGCUGAUGGGACAACUUCACUUGAAGAAUAUGUAUCCUAUUUGAAGACCAUUGUUGGCAUUCGUGUUCUUGUAGAAGCUGUUGGUAUUGGGAAGGGGAAGGAAGAUCUCACUGGCCUUGCCAUCGAGCCUGCAAAGACAAAUCAAAGGCAUUCUGUACGUGCCACCAUACCAGCUGGAAAAGAUUGCUGCUCCCUUACAUCAAAAGAAAUAAUUAAGUUAUUGACUGGGAAAUUCCAACUGAGCAAAGCCCGUAGGAAUGAUAUUUUCUGGGAAGCUGUUUGGCCUCGAUUGCUUGCAAGAGGGUGGCACUCUGAGCAACCUAAGUAUCAGAGUUAUCUGGGUUCUAAAGAUAAUUUGGUUUUUCUUAUGCCUGGCGUGAAGAAGUUUUUGAGAAGGGAACUAGUGAAAGGGGACCAUUACUUUGAUUCUGUUAGUGGUGUUUUGAGCAAAGUGGCAUCUGAACCAGAGCUUCUUCAGCUGGAAUCUGAUGAUAAUAGAGAUGGCAGCUGCAGUGCAGAAGAUGGGUUGGCUUUACAGUUGCCACACAAACAGAAUGAUCCAUCCUUUCCCCGACUCAAUCGUCACCUUAAACCUCGAGCUCCUAAACAGAACCAUGUGAAGUUCACCAUAGUAGAUUCCAGUUUUGUCCAGGGAGAAGAAUUAUGCAAGAUGGCAGCAUUGAGAGAUUCUCCUCUUGGCUUUAAAAUCAGAUCCAAGCUUACCAGUAUUUCUAGAGAAAUUGAAGCAAAUAUCCCAAAGAAUUUACUUGGUAAAUGUAAAGCUGAUGCUGUUGUCGAUCGAAAAUUGAAUGGUGGAAAGAUCGUCAAUAGUAGUAACCAAGGUGAAAAGAUCAUUGAUGAUGAUAUCCACAGUGAUAAAAUACCUGAUAUUGCUGAGGCAACCCAUAUGAGGUUCACUAUUGUCAAUACCAGUUUGAUCCGAGGAAAACCAUACAAGGUGUCAGAGCUGAGAUUUUCACCAAUUGAGUUUAAAGUUACUUCUCAAAUGUCCCAUUUGUCGAGAGAAGAUGAACAGGGUUUCUCUGAGAAUUCAGUGGACAAGCACGAGCCACAUGCUGCUGAUAUUCCAUCAAAUGACAAAAAGCAUGUUCACAUUUCUGCGCAUGGUCAAGACGCAUCUGAUAUUCAUAGCUUAAAUGGAAAUGCAAUCUUCUCAGACACCGAAAACAAAUUGGUGGAUAGCCCCCAGGAUAAAGAAGUCGAUCCAUCGGAUGAAUAUUGGUCAAAGAGGACAAUUAAACACCGAUUCAGUCGAAGAGUAAAGCCUGGUCAUUCAAAUAAAUUAGUUCCCCCCAUUAAACAGCAGAGAUUAACUGCUUGUGCUGAGGCAGAGGCAAGCCGUGCCAUUGAGAAUGUUUCUGGUGAACAUUCGAUGGCCUCGUGCUAUCUGUACUCACAAAUGGCAGGGAAAAGUAAUGCUUUUCAGGUUGGUUCUUCUCAGGAGGAUGAGGUGUUGCCUAGCUCGUAUGUUAGAUGUGUUGUUGAGGAGGAGAGCAAUCAUUCAAUUUCUUUUGAUAUGAGCAUGUCUUGCGGAGAAAAUGAGAAACAUCAACCCAAGUCUUUGGUUGAAUUGAAUGUACCUGAAGGUUUACCGGGGUGUGAAAAUGAAGAAACAGUAGUUUCAGAGAUGAAAGAGAACCAGGGAGUCAAUCAGAAUGGUACAUGUUUUGUGCACAAUAUGAACAAGCUUGAUACAACAGCACUUAAUAAUUCCAUUCACAUUAGUUCUGCAGAGAAACAACCUGAUAUGAAGCCAAAAAGGCAAAGCACAAGAAACAGGCCAUUGACAACUAAAGCAUUGGAAGCUCUUGAAACUGGAUUCUUGGAUGUUUUUAAAUUGGGACGGCAAAGAACGGAAGUUUGCAAAAAAGACUUCCUAUUUGCAAGUCCAUCACAAAGAUCCCACAGCAGAAUUGCAUCAAGUCGUGGUAAUUCCGGCACUAGCAUUGUGGACUCGAAUGAACAAGAAGGUUUUUAGCAGAGAUUUCGUUAAGGCUGAAGUCUUGACCAUCUUCAAGCGGAUAAGUGUUAGGACUUUGUGAAACUGCUGUGAUCAAGAAAAGAAAAGCAGCCAAAAAUUCUGGAGAGGACUGGUGCUAUGUUUAUUGCCAAGCCGGUGAUAACAAGCAAUGAUGCACAUAUGCUUUGGGACAAUCUGGAACACUUACAGUAAUGAUAGUACGCCCUCCCCGAGUGCAGACCACAAUCAAUUGAUAGUGUUAUAAAGCUAACAUGGUGCUUAUGCUUAGACAAGGUCAAAGUAAUCCAAGUAACCAGGCAGAGGAUGUUCAGUAGCAGGUACCUAUUUCUUGAUAUUUUGUCUAGUG